GGAUUUGCAAGUUGAAGUGGCAAUGAACCGACCGCGCUUUCUUCGCACCCUCGGUGUCCUCUACGGCAUCUCGUUUGCGUCCAUUUACGUCCAAAUCCAGAGCCUCUACGGCCCGGACGGCGUCGAACCGGUCGCCGUGUACUUGGCGCGCCUCGCCAACGCCACACCCGACGCAAGUAUUCCGCUGCAGCGUUUUGUGAGCUACCCGAGCCUUGUGUGGUUUCACGACGCGCUCGGUCUUUCGCCAGACCUGAUGAUGGAGUUCCUGUGCCUUCUCGGCGGUGGUGCGGCCGCUCUCGCCGCGACGAACGUGCUCACGCUGCCCGAGGUCUUUGCUGCCAUGUGGAGCUGCUACCUCUCGCUCGUUCUCGUGGGGCAGUCAUUUCUCCGGGGGCCGUGGGACCUCCUCCUUCUCGAAGUUGGCUUCCUCGCACUCUUCGUCGCGGCGCCGUUCGACUUGGCGACCACUUUUGCGCCGUCGGCCGCGAUUCUUCACGCCAUGCGGCUACUUGGCGUCAAGGUCGCACUCAUGUCGAGUGCGGCCAAGAUCACGUCGGCGUGCCCCACCUGGCUCGGGCUCACGGCGCUCGACUUUCACUACGUUACGCAAGCGACGCCGCUUCCGUCGAGCUGGUUCAUGCACCAGUUGCCGCACAUCGCUCACCGCGUGACGGCUGCUGCGGGGCUCUGGAUCGAAGGCCCUGUCGCGCUCCUGCUCGUAUCACCGAUCGCGCGCCACCGCGCAUGUGCUGCCUCCCUGCAGCUCGUCUUGCACGCUGGAAUUGCGCUGACGGGCAACUACGGUAUCUUCAACCUCGUCGCCAGUCUCGUCAUGGUCGGCAUCUUGAGUGAAGCCCUCGCCGCGGCACCGUCGUCGAUCUCGUGGCAGCGAUGGGCGGUGACGCAUGCGUCCAUGUACCUCGCGGUUCUUGCCGCCGGCUACUCCAUGUUUGAGGUCGUGUACGAAGAUACGACGCCGACGUCGCUCCGGUUUGCGUGGUCGAUCGGCCGGACGCAGACGAUUCUUGGUGUCGUGCUGCGUGGCGUGCUAGCUCUGGCCCUGCUCUCAUUGGUCGGUGCGGUCGCCGGCCAGUUGUACCAAUCGGUGGUUGCUGCGGGCCACGACCUGUUGCGCUGCCGUCUCGGAGGCACGAUUGCGCUGGGGCACUUGACCUUUACGACGCUCAUCGGGACCGUCCUCGUGGUGGCAUCGCUCGCGCAGCUGGCGUCCGUCGACCCGACGAUCGAGCUGCCUGUCUGGGCGCGCAACACGGGAAUUCUUGCGUCGCGCUUCCACGUUGCAUCGACGUACGGUUUGUUCCACCGAACGCCGGGCGUUGGCAAGGUCGCGCGCCACGGCCGCGAGUUCGCCAUCGUUGCGCGACCGACGCUCGUCUUCGAAGGCUCGGACGACGACGGCGCGACGUGGCGCGCGCUCCCCUUCCAGCACCACCCAAGCAGCCUGUACAAGUCGCCUGCGUUCACGGUGCCGCAUUUGCCGCGGCUCGCGUGGCAGCUGGACGUCGCGGCCAAAGGCAACUACAGCCAGGCCCCGUGGCUGGUGCACCUUGCCGACAAAUUCCUACAGGGGUCCGUGCAGGCCAAGCAACUGCUCGACGCGACACAGGAUCCAUUCCGAAACACCCCCCCACAGCGCGUCCGCGUGCAAUUAUACCACUAUGAUUUCACGCGCUACAACACGUCGUGGGCCCGCGCGACACCCAAGGCCGUGGUACUGACACCGGCCAUGAACGCCUCGCAGUGGUGGACGCGGAAAUUGGUCAAGGAAUACAUGCCGGCGCUGGACGCUGCGAACCCGUCCGUCGCUUCAUUUCUCGCCGCCCAUGGCUGGGAGCACCAAGACGAGAAGACGCCCGCUUGCGUCAACUCGAGUCGGCCCGUGCUCUGCCACGCACUCGACAAGCUGCACCACGCGACGCCCGCGCAUCUCUACAUGGCGCUGGUCCUUGGCCUUGUGCUCGUGGUGCUUGUUCCGCUUUUCGUAUUGGAGACGCCCAAGUCGGCUGCCUUACGCGUGCAAACGUUUGCGUGAGCUUUCGUUCUGAAACCAGUACACCGCUUUUAAACACGGUCAAUUGUACUUGCGUUUUGUGGUUUUAUG